UUUAUUUCUUAUUUCUUCUUCUUUUCUUUUUUAAUCUUUUUUUUUUUUUUAUUUGUCAUAAAAAAAUCUUGUUUUCUCUUUUUUCUCUAGUUGAAUGACGAGAAGAAAGGAGGGUUUAAUACAAACACCUUGGAAUUUAUUAACGCCGCAUAAAAAAAAUUCAUCCUUGAUUACACAAGAUACUAUGUCUCAUCGUUCCCAAAGCUUUGCCUAUGGAACCAGACAAGAAACACCAAACAAUCAAAAACAAAAGCCCAUUGUUUACUCAGCCUUAUUAUCUCGUAUCGCUAUUGCACUACGCCAACGCAUCGUUUUAGCAGAUCACACCAAAGAUGAUAUCGAGUAUAAAAAUACCUUUGAGGGUAAACAAGUCGUCGAUAAAAUCAUCUUGAUCACCCAGAACCCCGACAGAGAACUAGCUUUACGGAUUGGAAGAUCAUUGAACCUUCAAAGGUUCUUCCACGAUGUCAGUUACGAGACUCAGCUCAUGGACACUUCUAUCGACAUUUACGAAUUUACCAACCGCACCUUAUAUACCCUUAAUAUGCCUCAAAAUGGCAGUGAUUGUUGGAGCGAGAGCGAAUCUGGAACAGAUCUCGAAUUACUGUCAAACAAUAAUAUGCCAACUGCUAUUCUGACCGAUUUAACCCAUUGCUAUGUUCCCACCUGUUACGAUGUAAAGCCCUGCUACAGUCCGAGAUGCCCUAAAAGAAUUCAACAGAUUCCAGUUACGACAGACAAGUAUUCCAAAAGUCUUUCAAAGCCUAUUCCUGUGUUACAGCAACCCACCGUUUAUAUCAGUGCAUUACAUCAUGACAAUUGGGCAACCAACGUGGAUAGUAAACUGUACGAAACAUUGACAAAGCUUGAACGAAAACGACAAGAGAAUUUAUACGAGUUAAUUUAUACAGAAGAAGAUUAUGUUCAAAGUUUAGAAUACCUACAAACAAUGUGGAUAAAACCAUUAACCGAAAGACCGAUUAUCCCAACAUCCCGAAGAGAAUCAUUAGUUCGAAAGAUUUUUGGAAAUAUUGAAACGAUCUACCAAUUGAACAUUCGAUUUUUACAGGCAUUGAAAGCACGUCAAAAGCAACACAAGGUGAUUUAUCAAAUUGGGGACGUUUUACUGGAUUUUGUGACAGAUUUCGAGCCUUACAUCAAGUACGGAUCCAAACAAUACGAAGCGAAGGCCGCCCUGGAGAACGAACGCCACAUCAAUUCAAAUUUUGACGCCUUCGUGAUUGCCACAGAAAGACACGCUAGUGCCCUAAAGUUGGAGGUCAAUGGUUACCUGACAAAACCUACCACCCGAUUGGGUCGCUAUACUCUCUUGUUCAAUGAAAUUUUAAAACACACCCCACCUGAUCAUCCGGAUCUGGACGAUUUACCAAAAGCAGUAACCAUCAUCAAAAGGUUUUUAUCCCGCGUCAAUGUCGAGACCGGUCAGGCUAAAAAUCGUUUCGAUCUCGAACGCAUUCAUUACAAUCUUUCUUUUAAAUCCAGAACAGACGAAGUCAACCUAGAUUUAUUAAAUAAGCAUAGAUCCAUCAUCAAACAAGGAACAUUGAAAAAAUCUAUCCAACCAGAAUCAGUUGAAUACCAAGUCAUCCUUUUCGACCACUAUUUGGUGGUUGCCAAACUGAAAAUAACCAAUGGUGCUGAACGUUAUGUGAUCCAACAAAGACCUAUACCAAUUGAAUUUCUAUCAGUUAGUUUACCAGAUGCUACAUUAAGCACGAAUAGACGAUCCACUGGAUUAACACCUUAUCUCAGCAACAGCCAAACCAUCAAUCCCGGUAUGCAAGGUCGUACUUCUACUGAUCUUGCUCCCUAUUAUAAUACCAAACCACAAUAUGCCAUCGCAUUCAAACAUUUAGGCCGUAACUCGGCCACUCAAUUUACAUUAUUCGCAUCCUCUGUCGCCACCAGAAAACCAUGGAUCGAAAAAAUUAGACUGCAACAGGAAGAGAAGAAUAACAAGAGCCCUGUUUUUGAAAUCGUCCCAGCCGUCUGUCAGCAUCAAAUCUCUGAAUUCAAUAAAAUCAAUCAUUUCAUCACAUUCAACGGUGGUCAGCAGUAUCUUUUGGCUGCAGACGAUGGUGUCUACGUAGGUCAUCAUAAUUAUCGCUACACAGAUACAACUCCUCAUAAGGUACUUUCAUUGUUAAAAGUCACGCAAAUUCAUGCCAUCGAAACUACUGAAACUCUCUUGGUUCUGGCCGAUAGAACCUUAUGGGAAUUCCCUUUGGAUGUAGUGAAUGGAAAACCACACACACAACCUCGUGGUAGGCUAGUUCAGAACCAUGUGCCCUUUUUUUAUGUAGGUAUCUGUAUCGAACGAACCCUCUUAUGUGUGCCCAGAAUAUCCACCUUAAAAUCCACCAUCACCACCUUUGAAGCGGUGCGACGUAUGGAGAUCGUCCAUGGUGUAGCUGUCUCUCCUGUCAAAAGCAGUAACAUGGUCAAAAGAUCAAGCGGCCUCUUGGAUCGCUUAUUAGCGGUACGCUCAGUGACCUCUCCGUCCAACGAUUUACAUCUAAGGAAAAUGAAGGAUGUAUAUGUACCUUGUGAAGCAUAUGCUUUAGAAUUAUCGGCGAAUAAUCUUUUGAUUACUUCUUCCAGAGGCGUAGUCAUGGUAGAUAUGAGGACAGAUACAACACAACACUUGUUGAAUCCAAGCGAUCGAAAUCUGUCAUUCAUUAUCGAAAGAGAAAAAGAGGUGCCGACAUCGUUAAACUUACGUCAACCCAUCAAACGAAUCUCUACAUUUAAAACACCACGCAAUCACUUUUUCAUUUGUUAUGAUGAAUAUGCGUUUUACAUCGAUAGCAAAGGAAAUCGUUUAUUCAAUAAUUUCCUCAUUGAAUGGGAAGGAACACCUGAAUCAUUUGCAUUUUCGUAUCCGUUUGUCAUGGCGUUUGAUGCAUGUUUUAUAGAAAUUCGUAAUGUCAUUACGGGUGCGAUCGAGCAAAUUAUUCGUGGUAGCCAAAUGCGAUGCUUGAAUAAUGGCUAUAAAACAGAACUUCCGCUGAUAUUUGGUUGCAUGCUGGAUCCUGUGAAACCAAUAUAUCAACAUGUCUUCAAGAUUCAGCUGGUAGCAGACCAUACCAUCGAACAAGAUACCUCGAUUGAACCUUCGUCCUUAAGUCGAUUGUAAAGAGAGAGAGAAAACCUUCUUCUCUAAAGCAAAAACAAACAAACAAAAAAGCAUUAUCACACCUUAUUUACUACUUUCUAUUCUAUUUUUUUAAUUAAUAAUUCUUGCUGCAAUUAAACCUGUUAUUGUAACCCUCUUUU